CAAAAAAAAAAUGAAGACUGGAAUUGUUUCAAUAGUAAUUUUGGCCAUUAUGGCCCUAGGUAUUUCAGAUGUAUCUAGCCAAGGAAUCAUCGUAGAUGCAGCCUUGCGAAGAAUUUUGGAAAAUUUCCGACAGUUGAUGAGAACAGGAAAUCCAGAAACUGGAAUGCCCGUCUUGGCACCAUAUUUCAAUGAGAAUGUAUUGAUGAACGUUUCAUUCGGAGGACUCUUUGAGUUUGAUGCGCGAUUCACGCCUAUUCACAUCGAAGGGUUGGAUGCCUUCCAAGGACGAUUGCAAGUUGAUCUGUCAACCCUUCAGUUUCCUUAUGAGUUCCGUUAUGAUGAUGAAAUAGUGAUGAGUGGAUUUUAUGACAUGAACGGUCGGAUGUACGGCUUGAUUCCGAUUUUCGGGAUGGGUAACUUCUUCAUUCGACCAAAGGGGGUGCACAUUAAUGGGACAGCUACCAUCACCGACGAUGGCGAAGGAAUGCUUACUCUGGCUGAUUUCACUAUUCAGUUGAUGAUCGAUUCCCUGGAGACAAAUAUCCAAGGAAUGCUGCUCGGUGGAGACUUAUCGGAUUUACUGAACGAAGUAAUUCAGGAUAUCGUUCCUUCGAUUUUCAGAAACUUCCCAGAAGGUAUGACAAAUCUAAUGUCUGCAGCCAUACUACCGAUGGCUAAUCGAUUCCUAGCUACAAGAACAAUGGAGGAUUUAUUGAGUCUUCUGUUUCCCAGAGCUAGCUAA